CAUACCAUAAUAGAAAAGUGCCAUCAUUCAUGACUCACCCCACCCCUGUGGCCUGACUCAUUUCACUGCUGCAUUGCAAGAUAGAAUGAGAAGUAACAGUAUGGUGGUGCUUGUCGUUACUUGCUUCAUUCGUUUGGCCAAGACAAAUAAACAUGGAAAACAAUUUCUCCCACGCGCCCAAUUUUGCUGUUAAUCUCAAUCACCUUCCUCCAAUCAACCCCUUUCGAAUCACCAACUCUAAGGGUCAAAUGAACAAUUCUUGUAGCAGAGCUGCUGCUAAAGCUGUGAAGCGAAACCCCAACCAGAGAAUGAAGUUCGUUGCUUCUGAUAAAGACAUUGUCAAAAAUCCCUCCUUGGGAAUGGGAAACAUUGUCGUUGAAGACACAUCUUCAACUUCAUCUAACCAAAAGAUUCAGUCUUGUGGCAACACAACCUCCCCAACUCAGACAGAAGAAGGUAUGAAGAAAGGAACUGCUAGGUCUACUUUGUACGAGAUCUGUGCUGUGAACUGUUGGAAACCCCCAAUAUUUGAAUGUUGCAAAGAGGAAGGCCCAGGUCAUAAGAGAAUGUUCACCUUCAAGGUUAUUAUAGAGAUAGAAGCAUCGAGAAACAUAAUAGAGUGCUACGGUGCCCCUCAUGGAAAAAAGAAAGCAGCAGCAGACCAUGCAGCUGAGGGAGCAUUAUUGUACCUAAAAGUAUACAAGAUGUAUGAUGAAAAACCAAUAAAUAAAAAGUAGAUUAUUGGAUAUCAUCAGCAGCCAAGAUUUCCACGGCCACCAAAUCUAUUUCAUUCUUCAGUGAUACUCUCUAGACUUGGUUGCCAAUGCUCAGAAGACCAUACAUUCUUAGGAGAGCUUCUUAAACCAUUCCCUGCCAAAUCUUUUGUCCUCUUCCUGGUUAAUGUAUUAUUGCCAUCACAAAGAUAUUGGAUUGCUUUGCACUGCUUUUAUUCCUGAAGACACAACAAGUGGAGAGCAUAACAUCAUCUUCCUCUUUGCUGGAUUGUGUGUUUCUAAUUUCAUCAACUGAAGAACUGAUUUCAAUUUCGCAAGCAGGAGCAGGAGAAGGAGAAGGAGAAGGAGAGCUCCUUGGGGAAAGCCUUUGAAGCUUUCUUAUUGUGCUAUUUGGUACUACAUAGUACUUUUGUCCAAGCAUGAGCAUUGUCUCUGGUUCAACAACCGCCCAUGGUUGCUGGAACACAUAUGGAUAUGCAACAUGGCAUCUUGGAUACCGGCACAUAAUCUCAGCUGCAGUCACUGGUCUGUCAUGGAGUUCAACAUGGCCACCAGGAUGGACAAUCUGGAGAAGCAUGGUCUUUGAAUUAUUAACACAAAUCCAGCUUGAUAAUGUCAUGGUUUCCCUGUGUCUUGGGAGUGCAGGGUGGGGUGGGGGAGGUCGAAAAUAGAAAUGGGAGCAGGCUGUUCUCAACUCAUUGGUAAGAAUAUAUAAGUAGUUCAUCAAGGUCAAGUGGGGAAAAACAUACAAAACAUGCGGUCUUGGCUGUUAAUGGUCUUAUUCAUUGGUAGUAUCGUAACAAUUGUUUUCUAUCGAGGCAUAGUAGAUUGAUUUUAUAUUAUGCA